CCGCCCCGCCUACCCUCCCGGGCGCGCCGAGAGCCGGGGCCCCGCCGAGACGCGCCGCCCGCCGCGCUGACCCCGCGCAUCCCCGCCGCGGGCUGGGGGUCACUGGAAGACCCACCGGACCUCGAGCAAACAGCCUCGCUUAAAUACCUCUGCGCCCGGCGCUCCGAGCCGCACAGAUCGCCGGGCGAGGGGCCGACAAGAGCUAGUCGCUUCCUCUCGCUGCCGUCGGGGACCUGCGGGCCCGCGUUGCACCGCCGAGGAGCAGAGCCGGAGGCAGAGCUAAAGCCGGAGUCAUGCCUGCGCACUUACUACAGGAAGAGGAGUUCUCCGCUUCCAGCACCGCCACCGUCAGCACAGUCACCUCCCGGGUGACCAGGAAUGGGGAUGCUGUCAUGGAGAAGAAAUUACUCAGUCAUGAGGACUUGGCAGGAGACCGGGGCAUGGUAGAUGAUCUCUUUGACGAGACCUACAAGGAGAAAGAAGGCCCCAAGCCCCCCAUGCGAUUCGUCUGGAGGAAUAUCAUUCUCAUGAGCCUGCUGCAUCUAGGGGCCAUAUUCGGGUUGACAUUGAUACCUUCUGCAAAGAUCCAGACAUUGGCAUGGGCCUUUCUGUGUUUCCUGGUGAGUGCUCUGGGGAUAACAGCUGGAUCUCACCGCCUCUGGAGCCAUCGGUCCUACAAAGCCACACUGCCCCUGCGGAUCUUCUUGACCAUUGCAAACUCCGUGGCCUUCCAGAAUGACAUCUAUGAGUGGGUACGAGACCACCGCGUCCAUCACAAGUUCUCUGAGACAGAUGCAGACCCUCACAACGCCAUGCGGGGUUUCUUCUUCUCCCACAUUGGCUGGCUGCUGGUGCGCAAGCACCCAGAUGUCAUUGAGAAGGGCCAGAAGCUGGACCUGAGUGACAUAAAGGCUGACAAAGUGGUGAUGUUCCAGCGGAGAUUCUACAAGCCCUCAGUGGUGUUGCUCUGCUUCACACUGCCCACUGUGGUACCCUGGUACUUCUGGGACGAAUCCAUCAUCAUCAGCUUCUUCAUUCCAGCCAUCCUGCGCUACACCAUAGGGCUUAAUGCCACUUGGCUAGUGAACAGUGCUGCUCACAUGUUUGGCAACCGGCCAUAUGAUCAGAACAUCAAUCCACGGGAGAACCCUCUGGUUAGCCUCGGGGCCCUAGGAGAAGGCUUCCACAAUUACCACCAUACCUUCCCCUAUGACUACUCCACUAGUGAGUUUGGCUGGCGAUUCAACUUAACCACAGCCUUCAUUGACCUCAUGUGCCUCCUGGGGCUGGCCAGUGAUCGUAAGAAGGUCUCCAAGGAGGUCAUCCUGGCUCGGAAACUGCGGACUGGAGAUGGCAGUCACAAGAGUGGCUGAAUUCUUGUUCCCCUUCACACAUACAUCCACACUUUUUCCUCCUUUUUUCUCCCUUUCUCCCUUCCUGACCCCUCAGAACACGCUGGACAAAGGUUUAAUGUUCUGUUUACUAACUACUGAAUAAUGCUACCAGUUUGCUUAUACAAUGAUAAUGAGUUUUAACACACACCCCCCCCCAUGCUGUGUUUUAUGUGAUGUAUGUAAGAUCUAGGACUCUGCCUUUAUAAUGCAAGCCCAUCUCUUUCCCUCCUCUCCUUUUCCUUUACCUUCUUUUGCUCCAGCCUCUCUCUCACUUUACAUCUUCCUGGUCUCUCCCUGGCAGAGGAACUGGUAGGAAGCAGCCUGGGGAGGUGUAUGCAGACAGCUAUGUACCAUGGAGUUUAGGAAGCCUGUACCAGCCGGCUGAAGGGUUAAGCCAAAGUCAGUCACCCUCUCCCCACCAUCUUCCCUCAAAAAUUCCUUUUUCUGUCCCUCCUCCUUUCUCAAGGGCUGUGGACAGACGUGGCAUGGCUAAACUGCUCUCCCCAGGAAAAGCAGCCCAUUCCUUUUGCCAUUGGAAAAACAGUUGUCUCUUUCCAAGAUGUCUCUUGGGAAGUGUUCUCCCCCUCCCCUCCAUAGAGCCUCUCUGGCUGGGGAGAGCCCCCAGACUCUCUUAAAGCUCCAUCCAGCUGCAUCAGUGGCUGGUGAGGUCUGGUGGUGGCAAUGGGCAUCGGAGGGCGAGACUUGGUGGCCUUAUUACCUGCUCCCCCUGGCAUCACAUCUUCCCACCCUGCAGUGCCUGCUGUGCCCGGUGCCACUAGGGACUGAGGGCGCAGCCUGGCUACAUGGCUGCAGUGGAGUCACAGCAAGGAGGGGACAGAUGGAGGGAUGUGCCGCUGUGCAGUGGCACCAGCCCUGGGUAGUUUUGUAAGCUGCCAACCGGAUUUUAGCUGGCAAAUAAGACUUUGCCAAAACAGAGAAGGAGAGAAGUAUGUAAAUCAGAGCCUCACCACUAGGUUAAGCUGCUUUAUGUGCUCAAGGAACAGGGCAGGCAAAUCUCUUGGUGUCUGUGUCUGCCCUGCAGACUCACAGCCUGUGCUAAGCGCAGGGCCAGGGCAAAGGGAGUUCCUGUAGGUGUAAGGAGGGGUGAGGGUGUCGGUGUGAGCAAGUCAGUCCAUCCCCAGGGGCUUAGCUCUGUCAAUUAACUAGUGCCUGAGAGACACCAAUGUGGGGCCAGGCAGCAUGGGGAGCUUGAGAGAGUCCAGACCUCCAAGGCAAGACACUGCUGCCAGUGUAGGUGACCUCUGGGCUUUCCUGCUCAGGAUGCACUGUAGUGGUUUGCCAUUCCCUGCCCCUCUGAGGCAUUGGGAAGUGGAAGCGAAAGCAGCUACUCAUUAGUCCCUUAGCUUGCCUCCCAGCUCCCUUGGCAAGCCAUCUCGACACCUCGCUCCUUUGCUAGCGAGGCAGGCAGUGAGGGUGGCUGAGCCUGCAGAAAGGUCAGUUACAUCACCAAGCUGAUGUGGGCAUGCAGCUGGAGGGUGUGCUGGGGAAAAAAGUCCUUGUGGGUGUUUCCUGCAAGUUGCAGAGACUGCAGCUUAAGUUCAGGGAGUGGGUUAGGCUCAGGGCAUCAUAGCCUUGAGCCUCUUACUGGGCUUUUUUUAUGCUCCCCCCCCUUAACUGUCCCCAUGAGUAUUCAUUUUUAUUAUUAGUUAUAGCAAUAGUAUUUGUUUUGUUACAUAAAUGCCUCAGAUGCAGCUGGAGGAAAGCAGAAGAGAUGGCUGGAAGGAAGUGAUGUUGGAGUGGAGUUUGCAGUGUCCCAUUCACGCAGGCCAGGAAGGGCAGAGACAGAGUGGAUGCCAACUUCCUCGCCUCAGCUCUGCCACAGAGCAGCCAGGCAGGCUUCAUGGGAGCAGGUCUCUGCAGCUGUGCUUCUUCCUACUGCUGUGAAACUUGCCAGGAGCCAGAACAGCUCAGUGAUAUUCUCCUUAACAGGAACAUGCUUGCCAUUCUCUCCUUUUUCCUCCAUGCCACCACCAUGGCCUUGUUAUGGCUCAGCAAUGGGACCCUUCAAGGUUUUGAGCCAUCGGGAGCAACGUGGUUUCCAGUCAAGAGGUACAACAGGAAGAAAUGGAGCAAGGAGCCCCAUGGUUCAGAGCCCUGUGGCUCUCAGUGUCAGGAGAUGGCAUCUUCACUGCUCUGAGGCUCAUAGCUGGCUGAUACAAAGGGGGUUGUGGCUAGAUCUACCAUUUAAAAAAAAAAGAAAAAGCCUUCCAUAAAAAAAGAGAAACACUGUCAGCUCUGUAAUUGCAGGUUUACUUUAGUCUAGACCGCUCUGAACUCAUAGAAGUCUCCAGAGAGGAUGAAUAUGCUGCAGCCAGUAAUUUGAAAGGUGUGCGGAGGGGGAAAGCAGAAUGAUUUCCUUGCUCCUGAUGCCCUUAAGGUGUUGUGUAACAUACUGUAGGGUAGAGAAGCAUGCCGUGACAUGCUGCAAUAUUUCACAUCCUCUCAGCAGAGAAGCAGGGUUUGACAUCAAGCAUUCCUUUCAAAUUUCAAAUGCUAAUUUAUGUCCAGAAUCUGGAAUUAGGGUGGAAACUGAGGAGCAGUAACCAAACAGUCCUGGUGUUUGCUCAGUCACUUUAAAAGGUAGAUGAUUGGCAAAUAUCUCUGGGUGCCUUAAAUCAUUCAUUAAUAUACAUAGGAGUAUUGACAGCUAUUUGCUGGGUUUUUUGGGUUGUUUUUUUUGUUUUUUCUGAAUUAUGAACAUUUGAGGGGUUUCUUAGUUAUUUAAUUGCCUACAUUGAACUGUGGGUGCAGGUGAUUUUGAAUGUAUUUGAGUUAGAAUUUUUGUUAGAUUAAGAAACAGAUACAACACUUUAAGUAGAACUGUGUUUGAGAUAUAUAUAUAUAUAUAUACCCCCUUAUUUUUUUUUUUGUGGCAUGUUUGCAUCCUGGACACAUCAUCUGUAUGUUUAGUUUAAAUGAGUCUGGGAUAGAUGGAAACAGAGACAACAGCAGUGGGGCCUCAUGGCUAGAGCAGCCAUUCUCCUGGGACCUGUUCCCAGCUUAGCUACUUGCUCACUGUCUGAUCUGGGACAAGGUCACUUGAAAAACUCUCUGUGCCUCAGUUUCCCUAUCUGUACCAGGGGCUGACGCCCUGCCUUGUGGGGGGGCAGGGGGGUGGGGGGUGCUGUUGAGGCUGGCUGGCAAGGAGUGCAGAGGAGGGAGGUGUAUAUACCACAUGCACACCACUGCUGGCAGAAGCAUAGACUGGUUUGUGCUCCAAGACGGUUCCCAGCCCUGCUGGUAUUGUGAAGAGCAGAUGUCCAAAUGUUGGGUGUUCAGGGAAGGAUUGCAAAGUUGAAUCUGCAUGUUGUCUGAGCUCUGUCACUGUAAAAAUGUGAGUAGGAUAUGAUUUUUCACAACUUAGAGAUUUCUGCAUAGUAGUAUCUCUGUUUUGUGUACUGGAAAAGAAAAAAACUUUUUGAAAUAAUUUCUACUAAUAUUGAGACAGACAUCUGGUUGUGCUGAUCUGAAAUUUUAUUCGUUCAUAAUAAAAAUGUUACUUUAAAA